AUUUUAAGUACAAUAUUUACACAAUUUUUAAUCCUAAAUCGAUUGUUGAGAAAAAUGGCAUGUCAGUGAACUCCAAUAGCUAAUUUGGUUAAUCAACACGACCAGAUAAAAUGUUAGAAGAAUACGAAAGUAUGGAAGAUGGAGAAAAGAAAGUGGAAGGUCCAGUGUACAAUUGGAGAUGUGUUACGGAAGAGUUCAUGACAGCGUGUUCAAAGCUGGACCUUGGGGAAUUGCUGCAUGAUUCCUCGUUUGGUCUGUUUGAGGCAAUGUCGGCUAUCGAGAUGAUGGAUGUGAAGAUGGAUGCUGGGAUGAUGUGUAACCAGAUAAAACGCAAGGUCCUUACCCUCCCACAGGCAAUAGAGACUCAAACAUUGAAAACUCAAGAUCUUACCUACGCUGAGCUGACUGGAAUAAUGGAUGCCUCUCUCGCAUGUAUGGUAACAUGGCUUGAAGGUCACUCGCUAGCCCAGACUGUGUUCACAAACCUGUAUCUGCAUGACCCCAGCCUAAUAGAGGACAGAACAAUGCGGGCAUUCUCUGUCUGCAUGCUGAAGAUUGUUGACCUCAUACGAGACCGCAUCAACAGAUCAGGCGUUUAUGAAGAGGAGGACUUCCAGCCCCUGACAUACGGGUUCAAGAUGGCAGGGGAUGUGACCGAUGUGAAGGCUGUGACUGCUAUGAAGGAAGUUGAAGAUGAGCUCAGUAGGGCCGCCAGGCACCUGAAAGGCUUGAUUCAGGAAGGCUCAUCUGAGGAAACCAGUGAGUACCAUUUGUGUGUGGCGGUGUGUUCUCGGGUGAAAUUCUUCAAGUUCCUGCUCUCCAUGCUGCUGGCUUUCAGCAAAGACAAGUGUGAAGGUGUGCCGCAGGCUAAGAAGCUGAUUAAUCAGAUGUUAGAGCUGAUUAAAACAAUAAAAGAAACUGUUUCACUGGGCAUCCAUCCUGAGGAUAGAGAAGUCACAAAGAAUGACUACCCGACCAUCAUGGGUUUUGACCCACUGAUCAACCAGCGUCUGUUACCCCCAACAUUUCCCCGCUACACUGUGAUCCAUGACCGAGGUGAGGCCCUCGACUACAUACACACACUCUUGGAGCGGCUACUCUCGUCCACAGCCAUGUUGGAUGCCACAAACAUACAGGAAGUGUUUGAUGUGUUCAGAGAAUUUAGUAAGCUAUCACCAUGUGUUCUUAGCAGGUCUAUUCUGCAGCUUACAUUCUUGCCCCCAAGUCGGCGAGUGUUUGGUGUCCAUCCCCUCACAGACUUCCUCAAGGACUCCCUCAGAGCCUUUGUUAUGCCUCCUGCUCUCUCUCCAAAGACCGCAUUGUACAACAAUGCAGAGGUGAAGCAGUAUGUUGACGCGCUGGUGACAAGGGCAGUGCGGCCUGUGUGUACUGUUCUCCAGGUGCUGGGACACAAUCGAGCUCGCCAGCGAGACAAAUGGGCACACCUUCUCGAUGAGAUGGUCAGUCUACAGGAUGAGGCAGAUAAGGUAGAUGGUUACCUGCAUCAGAUACAGAUGAAGAUGGACCCCAACCGUCAAUAUGGCUCCAGUUUCGGCACCUGGGUCCUCUACUACACACUUCAAGUCAUGCUUGCCUACACACUCUCCGGCUUUGAGCUUGAACUUUACGCCCCGUACGAGUACCACUAUGUGUACUGGUAUUUAUAUGAGUUGCUGUAUUCCUGGCUGUAUUCAACCAUUCAGAGGGCAGAAACAUUUGUUAUAGACCACGAGGCUUUCAUCGAGUCGGUGAGCGUGAAGGGUCGUGGAAGUAAAAAAGGGAAGAAGAAGAAGCGAUCAAAGGCUGUCCAGCGGGAACUGAUCAUCUGUCAGGCACAGCAAAACAUGUUUGGGGGAUACUAUAAGGCUGUGGUGGGCUUGAAGCUGUGUAAGAAGUUGAAACAGCCAAGUUUUGAGUAUGACCGGGAGGAGGUGCGCUACUCUCACAGACUUGCUCCCUUUGCCUGUGUCUCCACGCCACCAAUGGUCCCAUACUCACAGUAUAAGGAGAUGACAAGCCUGUUCCGGUAUGCCUCCAUGCCUACAGCAUCAGAUCUUUUCAGUGCAUCAUGUAAAUACUUCCAUCAAGCCAAAACACUCUAUGAAAGUCUACAAAAUCCUUCAGAAGAGACACAGACUGUGAUACGAGUAGCGAAAACCAAUUUUGUGACACUCAAGUUAUUGAGUGGGGGCCAUAAACAGGACUCAGAGGACCCUCCAGAAUUCGAUUUCAGUCUUCACAAACUGUACCCAGUGAUCAAAGUAUAACCUGGCGGGUCACUAAGCACCAUCCAUGUAUGUGUAUGUGAUUGACUCUGCAUAAUGUAUGUGAUCAACUGUGUGAUCUUAAGACACUCUCAUAUGAUGUGUGUUUGUUAAUGAUAUUGUGUUGUUGCUUAAUGAAAUAAACCUAGAGUAACAUA